AUGCAGAUCAAAUCGACUUAUGCUUCCUCAACAGACAGCUGUUACCAGGUCCUGACAGAUGCUGAUGGACAGAUUCAGGUCCCUGAUGAUGGCAACGCCACCUACUCACCUAACCUCGACUGCCUGUUCACCAUCAGACCUCCAGCAGGUCGGCUGUGGGUUGUUAACAUCACUCUUGAGGAGUUCGACGUGCAGAGAUAUUAUUCUUCCUACAGUAACAGUUUCUCCACCUCCUGCAGCAAUGAUUACAUACAGAUGCUCUAUGAUGGCUCUUCUUCCUCCAGGAUGUGCGGAACAAGGACUUCACCCAAAUCUUACAUAUACAACAUCUAUGACAGUGAUGUGAAUAUCACUUUCCACAGUGAUGCCUCCGUUCAGAGGAAUGGUUUCAACAUAUCUUUCUCCUACACUGAAAACACCUGUGUGACGGAACUCGACCAGAAUAAUGGUACAAUCCGCAGCCCUGUGACUGAGGGUGGGGUGACCUACCCAACAGACACCUUGUGUAUUUACUACCUCGACCUUGGAGAUUCCCCCAAGACUGUUACUUUCACAGUCAGGGUCUUUGAUGUAAACUGUGGUGAUUACUUCAUCGUUAACGGACAGCAGUUCUGUGGAAACAGAUUGACACAAACGGCUUUCCAUAUGACAGGGAGGGCAAACAUUACCUUCCUGUCCAAUGGUUACAGCACAGGACGAGGAGUGGAUGUCGACUACCUUGUAACUAAUUACACAUGUGAUCGAGUAUAUCGUACAACGUCAGGGAAUUUGGAUUCUUACUCUGUGUCAAGUGUUGCACUCGCACAAGACAUGGACUGUGAAUACAUCAUUCGUCCCCCGUACUACCCCUUCCUCAUGACAAUGUACUUCAGUCCAUUCUUUAUGCCGUACAACUUCACGGACAACAACGGCACUUGUUCUGGCAGCUAUGUGGAGAUCAGCAGCACACAGUACUGCGGAACUGUUUAUGGCCAGUAUAACUUCUCAUCAGAGGAGCCUGUGCUACCUGUGCGGUAUCAUCACUCUGUUAAUUCAGUCACAGUGAGGAGGGAAGUCUUUAACAUCUACUUCAACACAAGGCCCGUUUCAUGUAAUAUAACGCUGACCGACACUACGGGCUACAUCAACAGCUACUCUGGUUAUGGCGAUGAAUCAGCGUAUAGGCGUUCCUACAACGACGGCACUCACUGCAUCUUCACAAUAAAGGUGGACGACGUUGUGGGUCAGACAAUUGUCUUUAGUCUCAAUCAGUUCCACCUGGAGAACCCUGACAACAGCACAUCUGUCUGUAAUGAAUAUGUGGAUAUGAAUGGCGAAGAGAGACUGUGUGGAUACCAAUAUGGGACUCGAAGUUUCAACUUUGAUGGUACUUUUGUCGUGACCUUCACCAGUGACAAUGGUCAGACAAACAUGGGCUUCAACAUCCAUUACAACAUCGUGCCAGCUGGAUGCCUGGUCACGCACAACACUACUGAAGGCACUCUCAUCAGCCCCGGGACAAGCAGUGGUCUGUACCACAACAACCUUGACUGCCGAUACACCAUGUUCACAUCCUACAACCAGACUAAGGUCACGGUCACCGUCAAUGCUUUCGACCUUGAAUCCCCAUCGUACAGUUCGAGCUACUGUUACGACUACGUAUACUUCACAGACGGGUCCUACACUUCAGAAAGAUACUGUGGUGCCAUCGCUGCAGGAACUACCGUCACAUGGUUCACGAAUGCGAGACAAUUCAUCUUUGUCUUUCAUACAAACAACCAGAUCAGCAGACAAGGUUUCAAUGCGUCCUACAAGAUUGAGGAAGAUAUUUGUGAUGAACUAUUUACCGACUCUAGUGGCACAAUAAGGAGUCCCGUCUACAGUACUGGUCUCUACAGACGUAAUCUGAACUGCACCUAUACCAUCAGACCUCCAACACAGGGCCUAUACAGGUUCACUCUGACGUACUCUCAGUUUGACGUUCAGAGGACGUCCUACAACUCCUCAUCUUACAGUCUGAGUACAUCAUGUAGCUACGACUACGUGGAGACCAGGCUCUCAGGACUCACCGGCACCAGCAGAUUGUGUGGCAGAAUGAGCUCACCAAGAACGUACUUCUAUAACAGUAUGAAUGGAGGAAUAGUCAUCAAUUUUGUGACAAACAGCAACAUUGAGAGAAGGGGGUUUGUGCUGAACUAUUCAUAUGGCGAAAACAGCUGUUACCAGGUCCUGACGGAUGCUGAUGGACAGAUUCAGGUCCCUGAUGAUGGCAACGCCACCUACUCACCUAACCUCGACUGCCUGUUCACCAUUAAACCUCCAGCAGGUCGGCUGUGGGUUGUUAACAUCACUCUGGAGGAGUUCGACGUGCAGAGAUAUUAUUCUUCCUACAGUAACAGUUUCUCCACCUCCUGCAGCAAUGAUUACAUACAGAUGCUCUACAAGGGCUAUUCUUCCUCCAGGAUGUGCGGAACAAGGACUUCACCCAAAUCUUACAUAUACAACAUCUAUGACAGUGAUGUGAAUAUCACUUUCCACAGUGAUGCCUCCGUUCAGAGGAAUGGUUUCAACAUAUCUUUCUCCUUCACUGAAAACACCUGUGUGACGAACCUUGACCAGAAUAAUGGUACAAUCCGCAGCCCUGUGACUGAGGGUGGGGUGACCUACCCAACAGACACCUUGUGUAUUUACUACUUCGACCUUGGAGAUUCCCCCAAGACUGUUACUUUCACAGUCAGGGUCUUUGAUGUAAACUGUGGUGAUUACUUCAUCGUUAACGGACAGCGUUUCUGUGGAAACAGAUUGAUCCAGAAAACAUUCCAUAUGACAGGGAGGGCAAACAUUACCUUCCUGUCCAAUGGUUACAGCACAGGACGAGGAGUGGAUGUCGACUACCUUGUAACUAAUUACACAUGUGAUCGAGUAUAUCGUACAACGUCAGGGAAUUUGGAUUCUUACUCUGCAUCAAGAGUUGCUCUCGCACAAGACAUGGACUGUGAAUACAUCAUUCGUCCCCCGUACUACCCUUUCCUCAUUACAAUGUACUUCAGUCCAUUCUUUAUGCCGUACAACUUCACGGACAACAACGGCACUUGUUCUGGCAGCUAUGUGGAGAUCAGCAGCACACAGUACUGCGGAACUGUUUAUGGCCAGUAUAACUUCUCAUCAGAGGAGCCUGUGCUACCUGUGCGGUAUCAUCACUCUGUUAAUUCAGUCACAGGGAGGAGGGAAGUCUUUAACAUCUACUUCAACACAAGGCCCGUUUCAUGUAAUAUAACGCUGACCAACACUACGGGCUACAUCAACAGCUACUCUGGUUAUGGCGAUGAAUCAGCGUAUAGGCGUUCCAACAACGACGGCACUCACUGCAUCUUCACAAUUAAGGUGGACGACGUUGUGGGUCAGACAAUUGUCUUUAGUCUCAAUCAGUUCCACCUGGAGGACCCUGACAACAUCACAUCUGUCUGUAAUGACUAUGUGGAUAUGAAUGGCGAAGAGAGACUGUGUGGAUACCAAUAUGGGACUCGAAGUUUCAACUUUGAUGGUAAUUUUGUCGUGACCUUCACCAGUGACAAUAGUCAGACAAACAUGGGCUUCAACAUCCAAUACGACAUCGUGCCAGCUGGAUGCCUGGUCACGCACAACACUACUGAAGGCACUCUGAUAAGCCCCGGGACAAGGAGUGGUCUGUACCACAACAACCUUGACUGCCGAUACACCAUGUUAACAUCCUACACCCAGACUAAGGUCACGGUCACCGUCAAUGCUUUCGACCUUGAAUCCCCAUCGUACAGUUCGAGCUACUGUUACGACUACGUAUACUUCACAGACGGGUCCUACACUUCAGAAAGAUACUGUGGUGCCAUCGCUGCAGGAACUACCGUCACAUGGUUCACGAAUGCGAGACAAUUCAUCUUUGUCUUUCAUACAAACAACCAGAUCAGCAGACAAGGUUUCAAUGCGUCCUACAAGAUUGAGGAAGAUCUUUGUGAUGAACUAUUUACCGACUCUAGUGGCACAAUAAGGAGUCCCGUCUACAGAACUGGUCUCUACAGACGUAAUCUGAACUGCACCUAUACCAUCAGACCUCCAACGCAGGGUCUAUACAGGUUCAAUCUGACGUACUCUCAGUUUGACGUUCAGAGGACGUCCUACAACUCCUCAUCUUACAGUCUGAGUACAUCAUGUAGCUACGACUACGUGGAGACCAGGCUCUCAGGACUCACCGGCACCAGCAGAUUGUGUGGCAGGAUGAGAUCACCAAGAACGUACUUCUAUAACAGUAUGAAUGGAGGAAUAGUCAUCAAUUUUGUGACAAACAGCAACAUUGAGAGAAGGGGGUUUGUGCUGAACUAUUCAUAUGGCGAAAACAGCUGUUACCAGCUCCUGACAGAUGCUGAUGGACAGAUUCAGGUCCCUGAUGAUGGUAACGCCACCUACUCACCUAACCUCGACUGCCUGUUCACCAUCAGGCCUCCAGCAGGUCGGCUGUGGGUUGUUAACAUCACUCUGGAGGAGUUCGACGUGCAGAGAUAUUAUUCUUCCAACAAUAACAGUUUCUCCACCUCCUGCAGCAAUGAUUACAUACAGAUGCUCUACGAUGGCUAUUCUUCCUCCAGGAUGUGCGGAACAAGGACUUCACCCAAAUCUUACAUAUACAACAUCUAUGACAGUGAUGUGAAUAUCACUUUCCACAGUGAUGCCUCCUUUCAGAGGAAUGGUUUCAACAUAUCUUUCUCCUACACUGAAAACACCUGUGUGACGAACCUCGACCAGAAUACUGGUACAAUCCGCAGCCCAGUGACUGAGGGUGGGGUGACCUACCCAACAGACACCUUGUGUAUUUACUACCUCGACCUGGGGGAUUCCCUCAAGACUGUUACUUUCACAGUCAGGGUCUUUGAUGUAAACUGUGGUGAUUAUUUCAUCGUUAACGGACAGCGUUUCUGUGGAAAUAGAUUGACCCAGACUACAUUCCAUAUGACAGGGAGGGUCAACAUGACCUUCCUGUCCAAUAGUUACAGCACAGGACGAGGAGUGGAUGUCGACUACCUUGUAACUAACUACACAUGUGAUCAAGUAUAUCGUUCAACGUCAGGGAAUUUGGAUUUCUACACUGUGUCAAGAGUUCCCCUUGCACAAGACAUGGACUGUGAAUACAUCAUUCGUCCCCCCUACUACCCUUUCAUCCUGACAAUAUACAUCAGUCCCUUCUUUAUGCCUUACAACUUUAUGAGCAGCAACGGCACGUGUUCUGGCAGCUAUGUGGAGAUCGACGGCAUACAGUACUGUGGAACUGUUUAUGGCCAGUAUAACUUCUCAUCCGAGGAGCCUGAGCUGCCUGUGAAGUAUCAUAACUCUGUUAAUUCAGUCACAGGGAGGAGGGUAGUCUUUCACAUCAACUACAACACAAGGCCCGUUUCAUGUAAUAUAACGCUGACCGACACCGCGGGCUACAUCAACAGCUACUCUGGUUAUGGCGAUGAAUCAGUGUACAGGCGUUCCUACAACGACGGUACUCACUGCAUCUUCACAAUAAAGGGGGAUGACGUUGUGGGUCGGACAAUUGUCUUUAGUCUCAAUCAGUUCCACCUGGAGGAACCUGACAACAGCACAUCUAUCUGUAAUGACUUUGUGGAUAUGAAUGGCGAAGAGAGACUGUGUGGAUACCAAAACGGGACUCGCAGCUUCAACUUUGACGGUACAUUUGUCGUGACCUUCAUUAGUGACUAUUAUCAGACAAACUUAGGCUUCAACAUCCAUUACAACAUCGUACCAGCUGGAUGCCUGGUCACGCACAACACUACUGAAGGCACUCUGAUCAGCCCCGGGACAAGCAGUGGUCUGUACCACAACAACCUUGACUGCCGAUACACCAUGUUAACAUCCUACACCCAGACUAAGGUCACGGUCACCGUCAAUGCUUUCGACCUUGAAUCCCCAUCGUACAGUUCGAGCUACUGUUACAACGACUACAUAUACUUCACAGACGGGUCCUAUGCUUUCGGGAGGUAUUGUGGUGCCAUGGCUGCAGGAACCAGGUUUACCUGGUAUACAAAUGCGAGCCAAUUCAACUUGAUCCUUCAUACAAACAGUGAGAUCAGCAGACAAGGUUUCAAUAUGUCGUACAGGGUUGAAGAAGAUCUUUGCGAUGAGCUAUUUACCGACUCUAAUGGCACAAUAAGGAGUCCCGUCUACAGUACUGGUCUCUACAGAAAUAAUCUGAACUGCACCUAUAUCAUCAGACCUCCAACGCAGGGUCCAUACAGGUUCUAUCUGACGUACUCUCAGUUUGACGUUCAGAGGACGUCCUACAACUCCUCAUCUUACAGUCUGAGUACAUCAUGUAGCUACGACUACGUGGAGACCAGGUUCUCGGGACCAAACGGCUCCAGCAGACUGUGUGGCAGGAUGAGCUUACCAAGGACGUAUUUCUAUAAUGCAUCUGGAGGUGAUUUUGUCAUCAACUUCGUCACUGAUAGAUCUAUACUAAGACGAGGAUUUGUGAUGGUUUAUUCAUAUGAACAAAAUGUUCACACAACCACUACAACAACUACAACAACAACUACAACAACUACAACAACAACAGCACCGCCAACACCGACAUGCACAGCAACCUUGUCGUCAUUAUCUGGCAGCAUCAUGAGCGCACCAGGUGACGGCAGCAACUACUUGGACAACACCCGGUGCAACUACACCUUCGCAGCGACAUCCUACCCGAGAACCAUUACCUUCACCUUCACAACCUUCCAGCUGGAGAGUCAUUCCUCCUGCACAUAUGACUACCUGCAGUUUAACAGCGGCGUGAAGAAAUGUGGAACUAUCUCAAAUCUCGUGUAUACUGACACGAUGAACGGCCAGUACCGUGUCACCUUCUACACUGACGGAUCAGUCACACGCCGUGGCUUCGUGGCCUCCUACCAGAUCAGUGACGCUGUGAACGCCACCACGCCCACUCCCGUCAGUACAGCGACAUGCACAGCAACCUUGUCGUCAUUAUCUGGCAGCAUCAUGAGCGCUCCAGGUGACGGCAGCAACUACUUGGACAACACCCGGUGCAACUACACCUUCACAGCGACAUCCUACCCGAGAACCAUUACCUUCACCUUCACAACCUUCCAGCUGGAAAGUCAUUCCUCCUGCAGAUAUGAUUACCUGCAGUUUAACAGCGGCGUGAAGAAAUGUGGAACUAUCUCCAAUCUCGUGUAUACUGACACGAUGAACGGCCAGUACCGUGUCACCUUCUACACUGACGGAUCAGUCACACGCCAUGGCUUCGUGGCCACUUACCAGAUCAGCGACGCGAGUGACGUGCAAAACACAACUUCAAACCCCAUUUGGCUGGCAUCAAACAACGGUACCUGUGGCACAACGCUGACAUCUUCCACGGGGCGCAUCUACUACCCAACUACCGCCAGUUACACCAACAACGUCCGUUGCCAGGUGACUAUCAGACCUGGGGCUGGACAGACAUUCAACGUCACCUUCACAGACUUCGACCUCGAGUAUCACUCUUCCUGCAACUACGACUCUCUGAUGUUCCGGGUGAACGGAGUCAACUCUUCCAAGAACUGUGGUCGCAACAGAGCAGGCCUAACACUUAGCUUCCCCUACACCAGCGGUGACAUCGUGGUGAACUUCAGGAGUGAUGGCAGCGUCACAGGAAGAGGAUUUGAUCUCAACUAUCAAGUGACCUAGGGACAAGCAUGCCUUUCCUGCCUGAUGGCUGUAUCUGCUGAAGCCCUGUCUUACUUGACCAUUGAUGAGACGAGUCAGCAGCCAUCCAAUGUAGACACCAUUAACACCUGUCUGGUGGCAUAUUACACAUGGAAGUAAUUCAUAUUUAAUCAGAAAUCCAUAUAUCGAUAGUGCCUGAAGCUUAGCUUUGUCUCACUUAUUGUUUUGUCCAUGCAUGUUUACUGUUGUUUUUCUUCUUUUUGAUGGUUAAUGUUUUGUCUUUGAUAUAGUGUAGCACAAGUGUUCUUCAAGAAUUAUAGCUCUUCUAUUAGCUUGACUA